AUGCGGUGUCUUGCGCGACGCCUCGUCGGCACGUCGCCGAGUGACCUUUCCUCAUGUGGACGGCAAUUCAAGCUCAACGCCGGCCCACGCAAGGAACGCCAGGAAGAAGAACAAGAAAGCCAACAUUGUACCACCAAAACUGAGGCUUGUCUUUUCUUGCUCUCCUGUCUGAAAGGAUUGCUGUUCGAGCCAAACCAAGAUGGUCUCUACACGACAAGCAAAAGCGUAAGACACGAACCGCUUGCCGUCGCCUCGAAUCAGCCCCCAACCGCCGCGUUUCAGGAAGCGCCGCCCGCGCAUCAGUCAUCCGAACAUGGCUCUUCAUUCCUCCCAUGUCUCCCGGGAGGCUCUCGCCCUCCCCCUCCCCCACAAGCGCCCGUCGACGUCUCAUUGGCCUGCCCGGACGGCAUGCCUCGAAUAGACGCCGCACAGACUUUGGCUGAUGGAAAUAGCCACGGCAGUCUGCGUAGCCGCUGCCAUCCUCAUGCAUCCACUCGCAAGGCCAUUGGCCCCGCAGCCGCAGUCACCCUACCAGAUACCUUACCGACCCCAGAAUCCUACUGCAAGCAGCACACCUUAGUCCUCUUCGUCAUUCACUUCCUGGACCCGACAGACUGGAUGAAGGCGUUCACAGCUCAGAAACAGCACACAUCAUCUUCGUCGGGGUCCACUAUGCUAGACAUCCCCGCUGCGCACAUGGCAGCCUCCUGCUUCAUCGACAACCAGAAAGCUAACGGGCACAGCCUCCACAAAGUGCCUCGAUCCUCCCCAUCGCAGGAUGCCAGAGACACACUUCCCGCCGGUUUCCAUCAGCUCUCUGUCCGCCAAAGGUGUAGUGGCUCCAGUCUUGCUGCCACAAGCUUCAGGUCCCCGAGACACGCACCACGUCCUUGGGACCGAUAUCUCCUCAAGCCCCGCGGCACCCUGGACUCGCCCCGCGCGCACCGCGUACUCUUCUCUCGUUCCCAGGUCCCCGGUCGAAAGCCUCCCGUUUGCGGCAUCGCCGGUGACGUGCGGAAAACUUCUUCGUCGCCUUCUAGCGUCUUUCUACUGGCCGCACCGUCACUUUUCUCAGGCACACGGCCCCAGGGCCAGAAACGGCCCCAUCCACACAAACGCUCCACGCGAUUUCGUAAAGGUACGCCCAAGAGUCUGCUACACGACUUCUGA